AUGGCUUCAAAUCCUUCAAACGAGACAAGUAUAACAUCUCCGAUAAAAUAUGAAACCGGUGAUAUUGGAUUUGUACUAGUGGCAACGGCACAAGUGUUUCUUAUGGCACCAGGCAUUGGAUAUUUUUACAGUGGAAUGGCACGUAGUAAAAAUGCUUUGUCGAUGAUUUUAUUGUGUUUAGCAUCAACGGCUGUUGUAACUUUUCAGUGGUGGUUAUGGGGUUAUAGUUUAACAUACAGCACUACAGGAGGGGAUUUUAUUGGAAAUCUUGACCAUAUGUUCUAUCGCAAUGUGUUUGAUGGUCAGUCAGACAUGGCUAAGACAAUUCCAGACUUAGUUUUCGCAAAUUAUCAAUGUAUGUUUGCUGCUUUAACACCCGCUCUAGUAGUUGGAGCUGCAGCCGAACGUAAUCGUAUGCUUCCCACGAUAGUAUUUAUUUUCAUUUGGACAACACUAGUGUACGAUGUUAUCGCUCAUUGGACAUGGUCCAAGCGGGGAUGGGCACACAAAAUUGGGAGUAUUGAUUUUGCAGGUGGUACACCGGUGCACAUCACAUCCGGCGCAGCUGCAUUGGCGUAUGCAAUGACACUUGGGAAACGAAAUGGUCAUGGCAUGGAAGAAUUCAGGCCACACAAUAUAUCUAGUAUUGCACUUGGCACGGUGCUUCUUUGGUUCGGAUGGUUUGGUUUCAAUGGUGGUUCAGCUUUUUCGGCAAAUCUACAAGCGGCCAAUGCGAUCGUAGCGACGAAUUUAGCAGGAGUGGUUGGAGGACUGAGUUGGAUGUUAUUAGAUUAUCGUUUGGAACGUAAAUUAUCCAUUCUCAGCUUCUGUUCAGGUGUAAUUUCCGGUUUCGUCACAAUUACACCGGGUGCAGGUUAUGUUAGUCCUGCGUCGGCUGUACUUUUUGGAUUACUAGCUGGCAGUAUAUGCAAUAUGUCGGUCAAAUUGAAACACUUUCUUGCGAUUGACGAUGCUCUGGACGUUUUCGCCGUGCAUGGUAUCGGGGGUCUGCUUGGAAAUGUGCUCACUGGAAUAUUUGCACAGAAAUCAAUUGCACAGUAUGCUGGUAGAAUGGAAACAGAGUUUGCCGGAGGUUGGUUAGAUGGAAAUUGGGUCCAAGUAGGUUAUCAGUUAGCAGGUUCAGUCGCAGGUCUUGUGUAUUCUUUCAGUGUUACAUAUUUUAUCCUAUUUAUUUUAAAUAAAAUCCCCGGACUUGCACUUCGCGUGGACCCCGAAUCCGAGAAACGGGGUCUUGAUGAAACAGAAAUGGGUGAAAUUGCAUUGUUCCAUGCGACGAAACUGGUAGCGACUAAUCCAAGAACCGGCGAAUUACGAGUGAUUCGUGAAACAUCCCUCUUUCAAAGCAACGAAAAUGAUAUACCAAUGGAAAGAAUUGAAAGACGACCAUUCGUUAAUUAG